AUGGCUAGGUUCUUGGUUUCUUCUUUGAAUGUUGAUGACAAUUCUAGUAAAGCUAGUGCUAUUAUUAGUUACUAUGGAGUCUUGUUCUUGCUCUAUGUUAUCAUUUUCUCUGUUUUAGUGGUGUCAAUAGUGGUAUUUUCAUGUACUGAUCAUCCUGAAAAUGACAAAGUAUCUAAGAAGAAAAAGAAAAUCAAGUCCAAGUCUAUUGGUGCUAAUUGUGGUUCUAAUUUUGAUGGUACUGGUGGUGUCAUCAUGUAUGCUAGUGGUGCUGGUGGAGGAGGUGGUGGUGGCUGUGGAUGUGGCGGUAGCAGUGGUGGAGGUGGCGGCGGCUAUGGAGGUGGUGGUUGCUGA